AUGCAUAUCCUGGUUGCCAACGAUGACGGCCCUCCGUCGAACGAGUCGUCCCCCUACAUCCACUCAUUCGUCCACACGCUACAAUCUGCGGGGCACACUGUCUCUGUAGUCCUCCCCCAUCAACAGCGAUCAUGGAUCGGUAAAGCCCAUCUGAUCGGGGCCGCUGUCAAGCCAACCUACUUCCGGCCCGGCACACUGCACGAAGACGACGGCACAACCCACGACUAUCCUCGCGGCUUCAUUCGCGAGGACGACAACGACCCUGAUGGCGACGAAUGGAUUCUGAUCAACUCUACGCCGGCCAGUUGCGUGCAGAUUGGUCUUUAUCAUUACUUUCAAGACCGUGGGCCCGUAGACCUUGUUGUUUCCGGCCCGAACUAUGGGCGUAACACAACGGCGCUUUUUGCGAUGUCGAGCGGGACAAUCGGUGCCGCAAUGGAGGGUGCCGCGUGCGGGAAACGCUCAAUUGCUCUAUCGUAUGCCUUUAGCUCACGCAACCACGACCCUGUCAUAAUUGCGGAGGCCUCUCGGCACUCGGUAAGGGUAAUCGAGCACCUUGCGAAGAACUGGGAUGAGGGCGUCGACCUGUAUACUGUGAAUGUGCCACUAGAACCCGGCGUCAGUGAAAGCAAGGUCAUGUACACGGAGAUGCUUGACAACAGGUGGUCGUCUGGGAGCUGCUUCGACGCGGUUGAUGCUGAGGUACCGGUCGAGAACCCUGACCAGCGGGAGCAGACACUGCGCGAUCAGGAGGAGAAAUUGGGAGCGAACCCCAAUGCCGAUGUUACUGUUAAGUCUGGGAAACGGUCACGGAUCCCUCAUAAACACUUUAUCUGGGCUCCAAAGUUCACCGAUGUCUACCGAAGUGUGGAGGAAAGUAGCCCUGGAAAUGACGGCUGGACUGUCAAGGAGGGAAUGACGAGUGUUACCCCGCUCAAAGCCAACUUCAUGCAUACACCCGGUAUCAAAGGGGAGAUUAAGCUAUCGGAUAAUGAUGAGCCUUCCCUAUACUCAAUAGUGGACUGCGACGAUCCCUACGUCCAGGAACUGGUCGAAAAGGCCCUCCAAUCUCGUAUGGGAAGCCGCUACCGGCCACUAUCAUCCAUAUCAGACCUUCCUUCCCGGUCCGCCCCCGUGUUCCAAUACCGCGAGUACGAACGUUUGGAUUUUGAGCACGCCAUGAUGAAUCCGACAACAUCUCUCACAAACGCCUAUAUUAUCCGCAAGGCCUUGAUUCGGAAACACUACCUCACAAACACCGUCGCUAACUGGGUAACCAAGCACCCCGAUAGUGUGCUAGCCAAACACGUCAAGGCCUCCGUUGACUUCGAGCUUGAUUACGCCGAAUUUCUUGACGACGCUCUUCUUGAGGCAUACGAGCUGCGCGAGAGUCUAGAAAAGAAUGAGUCGAGGCCGGACUCGGAGAAGGAGUGGUGGAUCCUCAAGCCAGGCAUGAGUGAUCGAGGGCAAGGAAUUCGGUUGUUCAAUAGCGAGGACCAGCUUCGUGAGAUCUUCGAGGAAUGGGAGGUUGAUACGGAUGAUGAGGACGAGGAUGAAAACGACGAAGAGCAAGAUAAUGACGAUACCGAUAAUGCUAAAAAUGGUGUAGUAACUUCCCAGCUCCGCCACUUCAUCGCUCAACCCUAUAUCGACCCACCUCUCCUCCUGCCCUCCUUGAACAAUCGCAAGUUUCACAUACGGACAUACGUCCUCGCCACCGGCGCUCUAAAAGUCUACGUCUUCAAGGAGAUGCUCGCUCUCUUCGCGUCAAAACAAUACGUUUCCCCCACGUCCUCCUCGGAAGACUCAGAAGAUCCAGUAGCCGACCUAACCCGCCACCUAACAAACACCUGCUUCCAAGAUAAAUCCGUCCCGGAGUCCGAAACAGUCCGCCGGUUCUGGAACCUCCCGUACGACCCGCUACCCAAUUCUAAAUUGAGCCCGACCUGGAAGGAGGAUAUCUACGAACAGAUUUGCAGCGUCACGGGCGAGCUAUUCACCGCUGCUGCGCGUGGAAUGAUGAUCCAUUUCCAGACAGUGCCCAAUGCUUUUGAGGUCUUUGGGGUGGAUUUCCUGGUUGAUGAGGGCGGUUCAGUGUGGUUGCUGGAGGUGAAUGCGUUCCCGGACUUUGGACAGACGGGUGAAGAGUUGAGGGAUAUUGUUGUUGGGGGGUUGUUCGGGGGCGUGGUUGAUGUUGCUGUGGAUGAGUUUUUUGGUGGUGACGGCGAGAAAAAGAAUGGUCAGGGUGAUAAUGGGAUGAGGUUGGUUGCAGAUUUGGAUCUUGGGAGAAAAAAUUAG